GGUGAAAUGGCAACCAUUGCAAAGAGUAAUGUCCUACUGGCUCUUUUUUUUUUUUUUUUGCGCGUCAUUCUAUCCUGUAUCAAGUGCUUGAUAUAAUUACUGCCCCAGUUCACAUUGUCCACUGUCAGACCCCUUUUUGACAGCAAUUUUAUACUCUACUUUCAGACACUCGCAUCCCAUCCAAACACCUGUGUUGAUUGAGGUCACAAUCCAUUCCACUCCUCGUCAGAGACUUAAAUUUACACGGCCACAACUCCUUAGACAUUUAGUGAACUCAUUUUAGAAAAUCUUAAUUCUUGUCUUGGACUUAAAGGUGCAUGAGCUCGUUAUUCGACUAAGAAUCUUAAGCAGAACAUGGAUCCUACCUUCAAUUACCAGGCACAUUUGCCCACAGGUCAGAUCCUAUUACAACAACAACAGCAGCAACAGCAACAUCCACAACAGCAGCCACUACAAAUCUCACAAGGGUUUAAUCCACUCCAUUCUUAUCAACAGCAAGCAUUUCAUGCACAGCAGUUUUCGUCGCCGCAGCAAGCUCUACAGCGGCUGGAUCUCCAUGCAGCUAAUCUCACACCUCAGCAACAAUUAUACUUUCAACAGCAGCAGCAACAAUACCAAUUUCAACAACAACAGCUAUACCUUCAACAGCAACCACAUCAACCGCAGCAACAGCAAUCGCAACAACAGCAACAUGGUUUUGGCUAUGCCUCACCAGCUCAAUUUAAUAGUCCGACAAUAGCCUUUAACCAACCUCUGUCAUUUGAUACAUCGGCAACAUCCUUUGGCAUAGAUCAAGGCCAUUUAACAUCACCAUCUUUAAGCCAAGCACAAAUAACCUCACCAUUAUUGGCCUCGACUCAGGCUCAAGUACAAUCACAGGCACUUACAAUGGCGCAGGCCCAGGAGUUGGCGCGACAGCAGGCCCAAAUUCAGGCUCAGGCACGAGCAGCUCAAGCUCAAGCUCAAGCACGGGUUCAAGCAGCGCAAGCAUUGCAAGUGCAGGCUUUAGCACAAGUACAAAUACAAGCACAAUCUCAAGCUCAGGCACAUGCUCAGUACUUAACCCAGGCCCAAACCAUGUUACACCAGCCACUGGUUGUGUCUCCUGGCCCUUAUAGCCAGGUCUCACCUCAGUUAGCGCAACAGACGUCGCCGCUAGGCGGCUCUGCUACGACCCCAAUUACCUCGCCAGUGACAACACCUCAACUUGCAGCAGCAGCGAUCGCAAAGCCUCAGCGACAACCAGCCAAUCGUGGGAAAGCAGCCAAAGCAUCAGGUACUGGCCGAAAACCAAGUGGACAGCUACAGCACCCACAGCAACAACGGCCUCCAGAAGAACAAACUCAACAACCUCAGGAGUUAGUCCAACCAAACCAUACACAGAUACAAGCACAGAACCAUGUACAGCAACAACAACAGCAGCAGCAACAGCAGCAGCAGCAGCAGCAACAACCACAGCAGGCACAACCACCGCUUGUACAACAGCAUCAAAGUUUCCAGCAACAAUAUUAUACACAAUAUAAACAACCCCACCAACCCCUACAGCAACAACAACAACAUCAGCAGGCUCAACAACAGAUACAACGUCAAUUGCAUAAGCAGCAAAAACAGCCAGCUGUCCAAAAAUCAUCUAGGGCCGCUGCACAGCGCAGCUCUGAUUCUGAAUCCGACUCUGACUCGUCGAGUUCAGACGAUGGAUCCUCAACUUCUUCCUCAGGAUCGUCAGGAUCAGAAUCAGAGUCAGAUCAGGAAUUUAAAGGGAAGACACCACCACCUGCCAAGAAGCCUACAGGAAGGAAAAAGACUGUAACCAAGACAAGCGGCAACAUAUCUCGAUGGGCUGUUCCCUAUGACCCUGUAUUAGUACCAAUGGGUAGUAAGACAUUAGAAAAGAUUUUAGCUUGGAGGAUGAAUAAUGGGGUUGAGGAACUCCUCAUCAAGUACAAGUUCUCAAGUUAUCUGCAUGUCGAGUGGGUGCCAAGGAAGCGGAUCGAGGAUGGUGAACAUCUGGGGAAAAACCGGGUCAAGAAGUUUAUGGAGAAAAAUGGAACUUAUACUGAUUAUGAGUAUUUCAAUCCUGCGCUUAUGAAGGUAGAUCGCAUUAUCGACGAAGGAGAGCUUACAACGGCGGACGGUGAAAUACAAAUCUUUUUCUUAGUUAAAUGGUGCAAUACACCAUAUGAUGGUUCAACAUGGGAGAAGCGUGAUGAGAUAUUGAAGCUAGAUGCGACCAAAGUUCACGAGUUUUAUGCGCGCAAGAUCAUUCCGGAUGCCAAUGCGGCGCGUCAAUUACCUCGUCCACCUAGAGGAGCAUUCCGUAAGCUGAAAGAAUCGCCUGUUUUCAAGCAUGGUAACCAGCUCCGGCAGUAUCAAAUGGAGGGCCUGAAUUGGCUUUUGGACUGUUGGUUCAAUGGACAAGCAUGUAUCAUGGCAGAUGAGAUGGGUCUGGGCAAGACAGUGCAGUCUGUGACAUUCUUGAAUGAGAUUCAUAGCACAUACCAUAUCCGAGGCCCCUUCUUGGUUAUUGCGCCGCUCUCAACUAUACCCCAUUGGCACCGUGAAUUUGAAGCAUGGACAGGAAUGAACGUGAUUGUAUUUCACGGGAAUAUACCCUCUAGAAAUUUAAUUGUCGAUACCGAGUAUUACUACAAAGAUGCUCAGGGGCAAAUCGUGCCUAAUCUUUACAAGUUUGAUGUUUUAAUCACGACCUACGAGAUGAUCGUUGCGGCUUCAUCCAUGUUGAAGCCUAUUGCAUGGAGAGCAAUCAUUGUGGAUGAAGCACACAGGUUGAAGAAUUCAGCAUCAAAAGUGUCAGAAAUCUUAAAGACGUAUAAUCUUGAGCACCGUGUGCUUUUAACGGGAACACCUUUACAAAACUCCUUGGACGAAUUGUUUGCACUACUGAACUUUCUGGAGCCAACACGCUUUGUUAAUGAGAAGGCCUUUUUGGCAGAAUAUGGAAAUCUGAAAACGGCGGCGGAGGUUGAUAGACUCCAGCAACUAUUGAAGCCUCUAAUGUUACGUCGUUUCAAAGAGGAUGUUGAAAAAUCCAUUCCAGUCAAAGAAGAAACAAUUAUAGAGGUUGAACUGACGACGACACAGAAAGCAUUUUAUAGAGCAAUCCUGGAAAAGAACUUUGGAUUCUUAAAAAAAGGUGGUGCGGCAGGACCUAGUCUUAUUAACAUUAUGAUGGAGCUACGCAAGUGCUGCAUCCAUCCUUAUCUGAUUUCUGGUGCAGAAGAUCGUAUCGUCGCCGAGAGGAAUGCCGUCACUCCUGAGGCCCAAUACCGAUGCUUGAUUGAAGCAUCUGGUAAGUUAGUCUUGAUUGAUAAACUACUCAAGAGACUGAAGGAGGGCGGACAUAAAGUGUUGAUCUUUUCACAAAUGACGCGCUGUCUUGACCUAUUGCAAGACUAUCUUCGUGGGCGUGGAUAUCCCUAUGAGCGUAUUGAUGGAUCUAUUCGAGGAGAUAUGCGUCAAGCAGCUAUUGACCGCUUCUCGACUACACCAGACUCGUUUGUUUUCUUGCUUUGCACUCGUGCUGGAGGCGUCGGUAUCAAUUUAACAGCAGCCGACACGGUUGUUAUCUUUGAUAGUGACUGGAAUCCUCAAAACGACCUACAGGCAACAGCCCGCUGCCAUCGCAUCGGCCAGACAAAACCAGUCCAGAUUUACCGACUCGUGACUAGGAAUACUUAUGAAAAAGAGAUGUUUGAUAGGGCUAGUAUCAAACUUGGGUUAGACAAAGCCGUGCUACAGAAGAUGGAUGUGAUGCCAAGUUCGGACGAUCUUUCCGACAUGCCCAAACCUCCAUCGUCCUUGAGCAAGAAGGAAGUGGAGGAGCUAUUAAAGAAAGGCGCGUAUGGAGCUCUUCUGGAUGAUGAUGAGACUAGUGCAAGGUUUUGUGAAGAGGAUAUCGACCAGAUUCUAGAGCGCCGCACUACCGUCAUUAAGCAUACUGGCAAUGAGAAAGGCUCCGUCUUUUCGAAGGCGACUUUUUCAUCGACGCCCAGUGGUGAAGAAGUAGACGUUAACGACCCGCAAUUUUGGGAUAAGUGGGCAGAGCGCGCCAACGUGGACAUCCAGGAUAUCACCACCAAAGACCAAUUAAUCCUAAAUGCUCCAAGAAGUCGCAGGCAAGUUCAGCGGUUCGGUAGGGGGCAGGGUGAUUCUGACUCAGAAGACAAAGAGUAUGUUUCAGAUCCCGAUUUUGAUGAUGGCAGAGAUCAAAAGGACUCGAAAGAGGCGAAUAAGAAGAGGGAGGCGCCUCGACCUUGGAGCAUGGCUGAAAAGUUGAUGUUUGAGCGGAAGCUUAUGAUCUAUGGCUAUGGUAAAUGGGACCAGAUGAGGAUCUUCUUCCCUCGACGUACAGAGAAGGACCUUAACGCUGUAGGCCAUUGCAUGGUACAACAGAUCCUUCGUGAUAUGGCCAUGGACACGGACGAAGAUCGUAAAUUGAUUGAGGAAAUCCAAGCCGUCUUGAUUGAGUGCGACAUAAGUUGUGGCUACGAGGGGCCUUCUAUUAAUGAUAUUCCAUAUGAGAGGGCAAGCAAGAAGGCAACCAUCGAGUUUAGGUCAUUUCUACUAGAGGCAACACAGGAUUAUAUCGAACACAUUCGUCGAAAGGGACGUAAUCUAGUUCUACGGGUGCAACUUAUUCAUACCAUCCGAAACCUUGUUCCACGCGACUGGGGCUUAGCAAAACAGAUGGUAAUCCCACACGUUUCAGGAGCACCACCUGCAACCUGGUGGGGUGAAAAUGAAGACAGAGACCUAAUGUUGGCUAUUAUCAAGUAUGGAUAUCUUGUGACAGAGGCACAAUAUGAAGCGGUUAGGAAUGAUCCAGAAUUCUGCUUCUAUGGCCGGCGAUACGACCUGAAUGCAAAUCGAGAUGCCAAUGAUGAUGAUGAUGGCGAGGAUGCCACACAACAAUCAAGGCAAACCAGUUACGGAGGCAGCGGUAGCAGCGAAGUUCUACCUUGGCCUUCCAAGUCCGACAUUGGCCUGCGCCUGCGACGCAUCCUCUCAGCACUUCAGCGUCAACAUCAAUUGGAGGUCCGUAAAUCUACAUUAGUGGAGAAGGACAAAACCAAGGAGAAACUGCGCCAGGACCGGCAGCGCCAACGGGAGGAAGCGGCACAGGAAAAGAAGCACCAGAAGGAGCUUGAGAUUGCCUCUCGGUGGACAAAGAAAGACAAAACGGAAUUCUAUAAAACUGUAGUUUCCUAUGGCGUCGUACGUACCCGUGGAGGAGUCUUACCCGGCUCCCCCACCCUAGGCACGCCAAAUAGUGCCCAGAGUGGAAGACCUCGAACUGGCUCAUCUGCUACUCAUGGUCGGCGUCAACAGCUUGUGCGCCAAACGCCUCUCGCUCAUGAUUGGGCUCGAUUCAAGGAACUCGCAGGAUUGGUCAAAAAGCCUAAUGAAGUAAUGGAGGAAUAUUAUGAACACUUUGUAAAAGCUUGCCAGCAAAUCGUUGAUAGAGGCAACAAUAGCGCGCCAAAUCCACAGAGCCGAGAGUCUAGCCUGCCAUCGACCCAACAAGCGAAUAUGGCAGAAGACGAGGAGGAAAAGGAGGACAGGGAUGAUGGAGAUGUGCUACCGCUUGACAGAGCUAGACGAGUGAUUAAACGCAUUGAGCUGAUGAACAUCAUCCGCGACGAGGUCUUAGCUAACCCUAGAGUAAGUCCCUGAAAGCGACACCUAUCUGUUUUUAUCAAUGAUAUGCC